AAUAGAUAAACUUGAAAACCACCCAAAAGAAAACCUAAACCAAAACACUCAUCAAACCCUUAUUAGUGUCUAAUGGCACUCCUUAAUGACCAUCCCAACGAGCCUAAUUACAUCUCAAAACAAAACUCCUCCUCAUCCGAAGAUCUCUCAUCACCGGAGAAUUAUGGAUUGGCUUCGAGCAGUAGCACGAUGAAUUCAGAUCAUCAACAAAAUCAUCAAGGGGUUGUGUUUUACCCUUCGGGCGAAUCCGUUGAAGAUCACAACUCUUUGUUAGAUUUCAACGGAUCAUCAUUUCUUAACUUCAACAACAACAAUCAUCAUGAGAGCUUUCCUCAUCCAACCAUAAGUUGCGGUGGUGGCUUGUCUUUUUUGGAAGGCAACAACAUGAGCUACGGCUUCACAAAUUGGAGUCAACAUCAUAUGGAUAUUAUUAGCCCUAGACCCACUGAAACUCCGGGGAUAAAUCAAGGCCACAAAGACUGGCUAUACUCUGAUUCAACUGUCGUAACCACUGGUUCUAGACAUGAGUCUCUCUCCCCUAAAUCCGCUGGAAACAAACGUCCAUAUACGGGAAAGAGCAUUCAACCACCCUCAAAGAAACCGAGUAGCGGCGCUAACGGGAAAGCCAAACCUAAGACAAUAACUCCACCUAAAGAUCCACAAAGCCUAGCAGCCAAGAAUCGAAGAGAAAGGAUAAGUGAACGUCUCAAGACAUUGCAAGAACUUGUACCCAAUGGCAACAAGGUUGAUCUGGUGACGAUGUUAGAGAAGGCUAUUGGUUAUGUCAAGUUUCUUCAGUUACAAGUUAAGGUACUUGCGACCGAUGAGUUUUGGCCAGCACAAGGAGGAAAAGCUCCAGACAUUUCUCAAGUUAAAGACGCCAUUGAUGCCAUCCUCUCUUCAUCACAAAGAGACAGGAAUUCGAAUCCAAUCAACAAUAAAUGA